AUGUUCGCCCAGUUGUGCCGACGACCGAUUGGGGGUCGUGGCUGUGGAAUGGCUCUUGGUCAUCUACCAUACGCCCAUAUGUCUCAGAAAGCGCGGCUGAUUCGUAUGAUGGGCACUGGCACUUUGACUACGAAACCCCGCACAAAACCGCUGCAAGAAUUCUACAACGACGACGAUGCCGAAUUAGAGGCAAUGGCCCGCGUGGCCGAUCCGGCUGCCCCACGGCCAGAAGGGCCCACGAUGACCCCAAUUCGAGGAGAUGGACUCACUGGAUCUGCUACACAUGAUCUUCCCAAAUCUGUCGACUCUGCCCUGCACCGACAUGGAACAAAAUCCCCGAAAGCCGUUGCAGCCGUCGUUCUCGAUCAACAUGGAAAACCCGGCGAGCAACUGCUAUAUGGCAAACUCUACUCGCGAGCCACCAAAAUCGCCUGGGUGUUGCUGAACAAGCAGGUGGCCCAAGGAGGUCGAGACGGGGCAAAGGGUCCACUCUGUCGACCUGGCGAUCGUGUGGCUCUGGUGUAUCCGAAUGCUGAUCCCCUCCAUUUUCUGCCAGCAUUCUAUGGAUGUUUGAUGGCUGGCAUUGUGCCAGUACCUGUUGAAGUGCCAUUGACAAGAAGAGAUGCCGGCAUACAGCAGCUCGGCUUCUUGCUCGGAUCUUGUGGGGUCAAGGUAGCCCUCACCUCGGAAGCGUGCUACAAGGGCCUUCCAAAGGCUUCUUCCCCAUCCGGCAGCAAUACAGAGGUCGUCGACUUCAAAGGAUGGCCCCGGUUGUAUUGGCAGACUACUGAGAAUUUGCCGAAACCCCCUCGAGACUGGACUGCCCCACCGCGCGUAGCUGAUGAAAGUGUUGCCUACAUCGAAUAUUCACAAUGCCGAGAGGGUGCUGUAAAAGGAGUGUGUAUUAGCAGACAGGCCAUGCUCGCACAUUGUCGCGCAAUUGCACUGCAGAUGGAUUAUAAAGAAGGCGAAACUGCAAUCUGCGUUCUUGAUUGGAAGCGAGAAGUCGGGUUGUGGCACGGUGUGCUUGCCUCGGUAUUUUGCGGCCUAAAAGUCGUCUUCGUACCGUAUGCCCUCAUGAAGGUGAACCCAGCCAGCUGGAUGGUGCAAGCGACUCGUCUACAGGCCCAAACGGCCCUCGUCAAGUCCCGCGAUCUACAUUGGGCCCUGUUGGCCGUGCGCGAUCAUAAUGACGUUCAACUCGGCGGGCUGAGAAGUCUUGUUGUGGCUGAUGGGGCAAAUCCUUGGUCCCUAUCGUCUUGUGAUCAAUUCUUGGCGACGUUUGCCUCGCGGGGGCUCAGACCGGAUGCGAUGUGCCCGACUGCGGGAAGUUCGGAGACUGGCACCAUCUCAUUGCGAAGAAGACCAGCGGCGAAUCAGCCAGGCACUCAAGCCGGCCGCGGCGUCCUCUCGAUGUCGGCCCUAUCGCAUGGAGUUGUCAGGGUUGAGCAGGAGAACGCGCUCAACUCGUUGACACUGCAGGACGCGGGCCACGUGAUCCCGGGCGGUUCGGUGGUUGUCGUCAAGCAGUCUGGAUCUCCGCGACUUUGCCGAAGUGAUGAGGUGGGCGAGAUUUGCAUCUGCGCCCAUUCUGCCGGCAGCGCCUACUGGGGUCUAGAAGGGAUGUCGGCCGCCACAUUCCGAGUGGAACCGCUGGCUGCUGAUGAUCGACCCCUCGGUCCAUUACACUACGUCCGCACCGGGUUGAUUGGCUUUUUGGCACCUAACGGGCUGAUCUUUGUGGUGGGCAAGAAGGCAUCGCAACUCUUCGUUUCUGGACGACAACAUUCCGCUGAUGACAUUAUUGCCACCGUGCUUGCCGUCGAACCGAUGCGUUUUGUGUACAGAGGCCGCAUCGCCGUCUUUUCCGUGUCUGUACUACGAGACGAGCGAAUCGUUGUGGUGUGUGAGCAGAAGCCACAUACCACGGAAGAUGACGCUUUUCAAUGGAUGGGCCGAGUGAUGCAGGCUGUCGAGUCGAUCCACCACGUUUCCAUCUACUGUCUAGCCCUCGUCGUGCCCAACCAAUUGCCAAAGACUCCUCUGGGUGGUAUCCACGUGGCAGAGACUCGACAACGUUUCUUGAGCGGUGAUCUACAUCCGGCUACGCUUUUGAUGUGUCCCCAUAAUUGUGUUCUGAAUCUGCCCAAGCCACGUGAACGACAAUCUGACGUUGGCCCGGCUGCAAUGUUUGUCGGAAACAUCGUGCAGGGCGUUCGGAUGGCAGAAGCUGAGGGCCGAUCACUUGGACCGGAAGAUGUGUACGUACCACUUGCCGAAAUUCUUCGACAGCGUGCAACCCACACCCCUGAUCACGUCAUCUUCAGCCUCGUCACGGCCAAGACGAUCGAUAACCCAGAAACGUUGACGUGCGGGAUGUUGCUAAAAAAAGCGGAGCGAAUAGCAAGCUUACUGACCGACAAGGCUCGUCUCAACCCGGGUGACCACGUCUCCGUCGUGUUACCGCCCGGUCUUGAUCUGAUCGUCGCCUUCUUUGGGUGUCUUUUGUCAGGCAUGGUCCCCGUAUGCGUUCGUCCCCCGCCUUCCGGCCAACUAGCUGAAGCCGUUCCCACCGUCCGAGCCAUCGUCGAUGUCAGCCGAUCUGUCGCCGUACUUUCCAGCCAGAACAUCACAAAGAUGCUCAAGAGCAAAGAAGCGUCGCAUCGCGUGGAUGCGAAGGCGUGGCCACUGAUGUUGGAUGUUGAAGAUGCCCCCUCAUCCUCAAAACGAAAAGGGACACUGGAGAGAGAGGGAUUGGAGAAUCACCUUCAUCCCAACUCACCGGCCUAUCACGAUUUUGCCGUCUCGACCACGGGCCAGCUAACCGGAGUCACGAUCAGUCAACAAUCCGCUGCCGCUCUAUGCAAAAGCCUGAAAAUCGCCUGCGAGCUGUAUCAGUCACGGCACGUGUCCGUUUGUCUUGAUCCGUAUUCGGGUCUAGGUCUCGCGUUAUGGAUCCUUUCCAGCGUCUAUUCAGGCCAUCACACGACACUUGUACCACCAGCUGAAGUGGAAGCCACUCCAUCGCUAUGGCUCCAAACCGUGUCCAACAACAAGAUGCGUGACACCUUCACCUCGCACACCGUCGUCGAGAUUUGCGUCAAAGAGUUGGCCCCGCAAAUUGCGCAAUUGAAGGAGAAGGGCCUCAAUCUUGCUUCGGUUCGUACAUGCGUGAUCGUGGCCGAAGAGCGUCCCCGUGUUCCACUACUAUCCGCUUUUACAACGCUAUUCGGGUCUGUUGGCCUAUCUUCUCGAUCUGUCUCCACUUCAUUCGGUUGUCGCGUAUGUCCAGCGAUAUGUAUGCAAGGAGCCAGUGGCCCUGACCCGGCACAGAUCUGGGUCGAUGGGAGAGCGUUGCGUCACGAUCGCGUAUCCGUCGUCGGCAAGGGCGCUCCACAUUCUAUUGCGCUCGUCGAGACAGGAAAGCUUCUGCCCGGUGUCCGUGUGGCCAUUGCGAAUCCGGAAACCCGUGGUCUAUGCGCAGAUUCUCACCUCGGGGAGAUCUGGGUGGCGGGCCCUCAUUGUGCUGAUGGAACGAUUGAGCGUCAGUCUCAUAAUGAUAUGUUCGAGGCACGACUCACUACCGGCGACACGAAAACAAGAUGGGCCCGAACUGGGUACCUGGGUCUCGUGCGGCAGACGGAUGCGGUGACGGAAAGCGGUGGCCUUCACGAAGCCGUGUUCGUUGUGGGACCCUUGGAUGAAGCAUUGACACUACGAGGGAUGCGCUAUCAUCCGGCUGACAUCGAAUACACCCUCAAUCGGGCACAUCGGCUUCUAACGGAAAGCGCGGUUUUCACGUGGAAUCACCUACUUGUUGCUGUGGUUGAAAGUACGGGCGGUGACGAUUCCCUCGACGUCAUCCCAGCGGCCACUUGUUCCGUUCUCGAGGAGCACCAUCUCAUUCUUGGGGUGGUGGUCAUCGUCGACCCGAACACGAUCCCGACAAAUUGCCGCGGGGAGAAGCAGCGAUAUUUGCUGCGCGAUCAGUUCCUCCAGGACAAACUCGACCCAAUCUACGUCGCUUACAAUAUG